AUGAUGAUCCAACAAGGCAAGUGGUCCACUGCAAACGAGGCUCUGCCUACGAAAGUCAUUGGCACGAGAGAUAUCGACUUCCAAUACGUGGAACGCUCCGCAGUUCGCGUUGUGGUAACAGACGCCCAGAACAAUGUCAUCAUUAUCAAGGCCGCCAAAGACAGCUACUAUAAGCUACCUGGAGGCGGUGUUGAAGCAGGCGAGGAUCACUUGAAGGCUGCCGAGCGGGAGGUCGCUGAAGAAACCGGCUGCAACGUCUUGAUCCAGGGCGCCUGUAUGGCAAAGACGGAGGAGUACCGGAGAGAUCUGCAUCAAAUGUCGUACUGCUACCGCGCGAAGCUACUUGAUAAGACCGGAAAGCCCACCUUGACUGAAGAGGAGGUCGCUGACGGGUUAAGUCACGAAUGGGUGCCCGUAGACAAGGCCCUCGAUCUGAUGACGGCAGAGCAGCCUACUUCUGAGCUGGGAAAUUUCAUCAAAGAGCGAGACAUUUUUCUAUUGACCGAGGUGAUGCGAAGGGUCUGA